AUGUCGCUGCGGCCGAGCAACAGGGCGGAUGUACGGAAGAAGGGGUAUAAAAUCGGGGUGGAUGCGGAGGAGGCGCGCCGGAGGAGAGAGGACAACAUGGUUGAGAUCAGGAAGAACAAACGUGAGGACAAUCUUCUCAAGAAGCGAAGAGAGGGACUAUUGAACAACAACUUCCAGCAACUUCAGCAACACUUCCCUCUCGAUCCCUCCCAAUCCCCUGCUGUUGUGGAGAAAAAGUUAGAAAGUAUUCCUUUGAUGGUACAAGGAGUGUGGUCCAAUGAUCCUAGUGCUCAAGUGGAGGCAACUACUCAAUUUAGAAAACUUCUAUCAAUCGAGCGAAGCCCUCCAAUUGAUGAGGUGAUUAAAGUUGGUGUAGUUCCUCAGUUUGUGGAGUUUCUUGGAAGGAAUGAUGUGCCUCAGCUGCAAUUCGAAGCAGCAUGGGCUCUGACAAAUGUUGCAUCUGGGACAUCAGAACAUACUCAAGUUGUCAUUGAACAUGGUGCUGUUCCUAAAUUUGUGCAACUUCUUAGUUCUGCCAGUGAUGAUGUCCGUGAACAGGCAGUCUGGGCUCUAGGUAAUGUAGCUGGUGAUUCUCCAAGUUGUAGGGAUCUUGUCCUUGGGCACGGUGCACUUAUGCCAUUGCUGGCUCAGUUAAAUGAUAAUUCAAAGCUUUCCAUGCUCAGAAAUGCUACAUGGACCUUGUCUAAUUUCUGUCGUGGGAAGCCACCAACACCUUUUGAGCAGGUGAAACCUGCGUUGCCAGUUCUUCGGCAACUUAUCCAUUUGAAUGAUGAAGAGGUUUUGACUGAUGCUUGCUGGGCCCUUUCAUAUCUUUCUGAUGGAACAAAUGAUAAAAUUCAGGCUGUCGUCGAGGCAGGUGUCUGUACACGACUUGUGGAGCUUCUGCUUCAUCCAUCGCCUACUGUUACUGUGCCUGCUCUUCGGACUGUGGGGAACAUUGUAACUGGUGAUGAUGCUCAGACACAGUUUGUGAUUGACAACCAAGUUCUUCCCUGUCUCUACCAACUUCUUACUCAAAAUCAUAAGAAAAGCAUAAAAAAAGAAGCUUGUUGGACGAUCUCUAACAUCACUGCUGGAAAUAGAGCUCAAAUACAGGCUGUUAUUGAGGCCAAUAUCAUUCUUCCUUUGGUGCACCUUCUUCAACAUGCUGAAUUUGACAUCAAGAAAGAAGCUGCAUGGGCUAUCUCGAAUGCCACCUCUGGUGGAUCUCAUGAGCAGAUUAGGUUCUUGGCGAACCAAGGUUGCAUUAAGCCACUAUGUGAUCUCUUAAGUUGUCCAGACCCGAGGAUUGUCACUGUGUGCUUGGAGGGGCUUGAAAACAUCUUGAAGGUGGGGGAGACUGAUAAAGAAAAUGGCUUGAAUGGCGGAAUCAAUAUAUAUGCACAAAUGGUUGAUGAUUGUGAAGGGGUGGACAAAAUAGAGACUCUCCAGACUCAUGACAACAAUGAAAUAUAUGAGAAGAUGGGAAUGACCAGGGUUUCAACUUUGGAAAUAGUCAGCCAAGCGUUCCUUCUGGUGGCUUCAACUUUGGCUCAUAAGUUUUCAGGAUUAGCUUUGUCAUCUCAAGGGGAUUCACUUUUUCAGUUUGAAUCUCUAAGCUCUAUUUGA